AUGGGGACGAGGCAGGAUGUGGGCAAGGAGGAGAGAAGGGGACGAGGCGAGAGUUGGGGAAAGGAGGCGGGGAAAGGAGGCGGGAGGCGGGGAAAGGAGGCGGGAGGCGGGGAAAGGAUGCGGGAGGUGGGGCAAGGAGGCGGGAGGCGGGGCAGGGAGCGGCGAGUGGCGGGGCAGGGAGGGGCGAGUGGCGGGGCAGGUAGGGGCGAGUGGCGGGGCAGGGAGGGGCGAAUGGCGGAGCAGGGAGGGGAGAGUGUCGGGGCAAGGGGAAGGGACGAGAGGCGGGCAAGGGGACGGGACGAGAGGCGGGCCGAGGGGACGGUACGAGAGGCGGGGCGAGGGGACGAGACGAGAGGCGGGGCGAGGGGACGAAACGAGAGGCGGGGCGAGGGGACGAGACGAGAGGCGGGGCGAGGGGACGAGACGAGAGGCGGGGCGAGGGGACGGGACGAGAGGCGGGGCGAGGGGACGGGACGAGAGGCGGGGCGAGGGGACGGGACGAGAGGCGGGGCGAGGGGACGGGACGAGAGGCGGGGCGAGGGGACGGGACGAGAGGCGGGGCGAGGGGACGGGACGAGAGGCGGGGCGAGGGGACGGGACGAGAGGCGGGGCGAGGGGACGGGACGAGAGGCGGGGCGAGGGGACGGGACGAGAGGCGGGGCGAGGGGACGGGACGAGAGGCGGGGCGAGGGGACGGGACGAGAGGCGGGACGAGAGGCGGGGCGAGGGGGCGACAAGGGGACGAGGCGAGAGGCGUGGCAAGGGGGCGACAAGGGGACGAGGCGAGAGGCGUGGCAAGGGGGCGAGAGGCGGGGCAAGGGGGCGACAGGCGGGGCAAGGGGGCGAGAGGCGGGGCAAGGGGGCGAAGCGAGGGGGCGGGGCAAGGGGGCGGGGCGAGAGGCGGGGCAAGGGGGCGGGGCGAGAGGCGGGGCAAGGGGGCGGGGCGAGAGGACGACGAGGGGACGGGGUGAGAGGCGGGGCAAGGGGGUGACGAGGGGACGGGGCGAGAGGCGGGGCAAGGGGACGGGCCGAGAGGCGGGGCCAGGGGGCGACGAGGGGACGGGGCGAGAGGAGGGGCAAGGGGGCGACGAGGGGACGGGGCGAGAGGCGGGGCAAGGUGGCGACAAGGGGACGGGGCGAGAGGCGGGGCAAGGUGGCGACAAGGGGACGGGGCGAGAGGCGGGGCAAGGUGGCGACAAGGGGACGGGGCGAGAGGCGGGGCAAGGGGGUGACAAGGGGACGGGGCGAGAGGCGGGGCAAGGGGGCGACAAGGGGACGGGGCGAGAGGCGGGGCAGGGAGGAGACAAGGGGGCAGGGAGGGGACAAGGGGGCAGGGAGGGGACAAGGGGGCAAGGAGGCGACAAGGGGGCAAGGAGGCGACAAGGGGGCAAGGAGGCGACAAGGUGGCAAGCAGGCGACAAGGUGGCAAGGGGGGGCAAGGGGGCGACGAGGGGGCAAGGGGGCGACGAGGCGGCAAGGGGGCGACGAGGGGGCAAGGGGGCGACGAGGGGGCAAGGGGGCGACGAGGGGGCAAGGGGGCGACGAGGGGGCAAGGUGGCGACAAGGGGACGGGGCGAGAGGCGGGGCAAGGUGGCGACAAGGGGACGGGGCGAGAGGCGGGGCAAGGUGGCGACAAGGGGACGGGGCGAGAGGCGGGGCAAGGGGGUGACAAGGGGACGGGGCGAGAGGCGGGGCAAGGGGGCGACAAGGGGACGGGGCGAGAGGCGGGGCAGGGAGGAGACAAGGGGGCAGGGAGGGGACAAGGGGGCAGGGAGGGGACAAGGGGGCAAGGAGGCGACAAGGGGGCAAGGAGGCGACAAGGGGGCAAGGAGGCGACAAGGUGGCAAGCAGGCGACAAGGUGGCAAGGGGGGGCAAGGGGGCGACGAGGGGGCAAGGGGGCGACGAGGGGGCAAGGUGGCAAGGGGGGGCAAGGGGGCGACGAGGGGGCAAGGUGGCAAGGGGGGGCAAGGGGGCGACGAGGGGGCAAGGGGGCGACGAGGCGGCAAGGGGGCGACGAGGGGGCAAGGGGGCGACGAGGGGGCAAGGGGGGCGACGAGGGGGCAAGGGGGCGACGAGGGGGCAAGGGGGCGACGAGGGGGCAAGGGGGCGACGAGGGGGCAAGGGGGCGACGAGGGGGCAAGGGGGCGACGAGGGGGCAAGGGGGCGACGAGGGGGCAAGGGGGCGACGAGGGGGCAAGGGGGCGACGAGGGGGCAAGGGGGCGACGAGGAGGCAAGGGGGCGACGAGGAGGCGGCAAGUGGGCAAGUCGGCGACAAGGUGGCAAGGAGGCGACAAGGGGGCAAGGAGGCGACAAGGGGGCAAGGAGGCGACAAGGGGGCAAGGAGGCGACAAGUGGGCAAGGAGGCGACAAGUGGGCAAGGAGGCGACAAGUGGGCAAGUAG